AUGCUUGAAUCAUACAUUGAUGAGAAGGAAGUGGCUUCGCAAGCCGAGCUGGAGUCAUCCAUGGCUUCGCAGGCUGAGCUGGCAUCAACUAUAGCUUUGCGGGCUAAGCUAACGUCAUCCAGUGCAGAAAAUAUGGAAUCUAUUAACAGAAAAAUUGGGACGGUAAUUGCGGAAGACUACCCAGAUUUACAGAAUAGUGUGCUCGCCGAUGCAGAGUUAUGUGCGUCGCUGACAUAG